AUGGCGCCUAGCGCUGUAUCGCCCGUAAGGGAGACAAACCCUGAACCUUUAGCCACCCUAACCUCCAAAUUCGACGACACACUCCGAUUCUACCUCAAUGGAACCAAAGUCGUCUUGGACGAAAUAGAUCCAGAAGUCACAGUUUUAGAAUAUCUACGAGGAAUCGGACUUACAGGAACAAAACUUGGUUGUGGCGAAGGUGGUUGCGGAGCUUGUACAAUCGUGGUCAGCCAGUAUAACCCGACAACUAAGCAGAUCUAUCAUGCCAGUGUCAAUGCCUGUUUAGCUCCUCUUGUCAGUUUGGACGGUAAACAUGUCGUUACCGUUGAAGGCAUUGGCAGCUCUCAGAAACCCCACCCUACCCAGGAGCGUAUCGCCAAGUCCAAUGGUAGCCAAUGUGGCUUUUGCACUCCCGGUAUUGUGAUGAGUCUGUAUGCUUUAUUGCGGAAUAACAACUCUCCUUCUAAAGAUGACAUCGAAGAGGCGUUCGAUGGUAACCUGUGCCGAUGUACAGGCUAUAGGUCCAUCCUGGAUGCGGCUCAAACUUUCAGCGUUGAUAAGCCCGGUACGAAGUUUAAGAAAGCAGGUGGUACAGGUUGCUGUAUGGAGAAUGGUAAUGGCCCACCCAGCGGAGGUUGCUGCAUGGACAAGGCGAAUCUGGAUGGUGCACCUAUCAAGCGAUUCACACCUCCAGGCUUCAUCGAGUAUAAACCCGAUACAGAGCUCAUCUUUCCACCAGCUUUGAAGAGACACGAACUAAGACCUCUAGCUUUUGGUAACAAAAGGCGCAGAUGGUAUCGACCUGUCACUACUGAACAGCUCUUGCAGAUCAAGGCCGCCCAUCCACAGGCCAAGGUCAUCGGUGGAAGUACGGAAACCCAAAUCGAAACCAAGUUCAAGGCUUUGGAGUAUCCUGUUUCCGUCUAUGUUGGCGAUAUUGCUGAGUUACGACAGUACAGCUUCAAAGAAGACCACCUCGAGGUUGGCGGUAAUGUUGUUUUAACUGAUUUGGAAAGCAUCUGCGAACAUGCUAUUCCGCAUUACGGACGUGAGCGCGCUCAGGUAUUUGAGGCGAUGCUCAAGCAACUCAAGUACUUUGCUGGUCGACAAAUCCGAAAUGUUGGUACUCCAGCAGGAAACCUAGUUACAGCCUCUCCAAUUUCUGAUCUCAACCCUGUAUUAUGGGCAGCCAACGCUGUGUUGGUGGCAAAGUCAUCAACUAAAGAAACCGAAAUCCCCGUCUCCCAGUUCUUUACCGGCUACCGAAAGACAGCACUUGCUCAGGAUGCGAUCAUUGCAUCAAUACGUAUUCCGGUCACUCAUGGCAAGGGUGAAUUCUUCAGAGCAUACAAGCAGGCUAAGCGAAAGGACGACGAUAUUGCUAUUGUUACUGGAGCCUUAAGGGUUCGUCUAGAUGAUGAUGGCGUUGUUCAAGAAGCAAACCUUAUCUACGGUGGCAUGGCCGCCAUGACGGUAGCUGCGAAGACGGCCACAGAAUACUUGGUUGGGCGACGCUUCGCUGAUUUGGAAACCCUAGAGGGUACAAUGAGUGCACUUGGUCGUGACUUCGACUUGCAAUUCAGUGUUCCGGGUGGCAUGGCAUCUUACCGAAAGUCCUUGGCAUUUGGAUUCUUCUAUCGAUUUUACCAUGACGUCCUAACAAUACUGGAUGGGAGCUCCGAGCAGGUUGAUAAGGAAGCUAUUGAUGAGAUUGAGCGGGAUCUAUCGAAUGGCCACGUGGACGAGCAUGCUGCGGUAGCUUACGAGAAGGAAGUGACCGGAAAGGCCAACCCCCAUUUGGCUGCCCUCAAACAAACGACAGGUGAAGCGCAGUAUACCGACGAUAUUCCUCCCAUGAAGAAUGAGCUUCAUGCCUGCUAUGUUCUUUCAAAACGAGCGCAUGCUAAGCUUCUCUCUGUUGACUACUCCGCAGCUCUUGACAUACCCGGAGUAGUGGACGUUGUUGACAAGGAUGACAUGCCGUCUCCAGAAGCCAACAAAUUCGGCGCUCCCAAUUUUGACGAAGUCUUUUUUGCCGAGGGUGAGGUUCUGACUGUGGGACAGCCAAUUGCCCUGGUUCUGGCAACCUCUCCCCAGAGGGCUCAGGAGGCAGCAAGAGCAGUCAAAAUCGAGUACGAAGAUCUGCCGACAGUGCUUUCGAUUGAAGAUGCCAUUGCGGCCGACAGUUAUCACAACUUCUUCCGUGAGAUCAAGAAAGGAGAUGUGGAGAAAGCCUUUAAGGAAUGCGACCAUGUAUUUACUGGAACUGUGAGGAUGGGUGGCCAAGAACACUUUUACCUCGAGACAAACGCUUGUCUGGUUGUUCCCAAGCCCGAGGAUGGAGAAAUGGAGAUUUUUGCCAGCACACAGAACGCCAACGAAACACAAGUUUUUGCUUCGCGAGUAUGCGAUGUGCAGUCAAACAAGGUUGUGGUUCGCGUAAAGAGAUUAGGUGGUGGCUUUGGAGGAAAGGAAACGCGAUCAGUAGUGCUCAGCUCCGCAUUAGCACUCGCAGCAAAGAAAACCAAGAGACCAGUCCGGUACAUGCUGACUCGAGAAGAAGACAUGGUCACCAGUGGUCAACGACAUCCCUUUCUUGGAAAGUACAAGGUCGGUGUGAACAAGGACGGCAAACUCCAAGCUCUGGAGUGUGACGUCUUCAACAAUGCCGGAUGGACUUUCGACCUCAGCGCAGCCGUAUGCGAACGAGCCAUGACCCAUAUUGAUGGGUGCUACGACAUCCCUAAUGUUCACAUCCGAGGACGCCUAUGCAAGACAAACACCAUGUCGAACACGGCUUUCCGAGGAUUUGGUGGGCCUCAGGGCAUGUUCAUCGCAGAGUCGUACAUGGAAGAGGUGGCUGACCGGUUGGGUAUGCCGGUCGAAACGCUGCGACAAAUCAAUCUGUACGAGAGCGAUGGUACGACGCAUAUUGGACAAGGUCUGGGUGACUGGCAUGUACCACUCAUGUACAAACAGGUGCAAGAUGAGGCUAUGUAUACCGCCCGCCGACACUUUGUCACUGAGUUCAACCAAACCAACAAGUGGCGGAAGAGGGGUUUGGCACUGAUUCCAACCAAGUUUGGUAUCUCUUUCACCGCUUUGUUUCUGAAUCAGGCUGGAGCAUUGGUACACAUCUAUCACGAUGGGUCUGUUUUGGUAGCCCAUGGUGGUACGGAGAUGGGACAAGGCUUGCAUACUAAGCUCACUCAAAUAGCUGCGCAGGCAUUGAGUGUACCACUGGACAAUGUCUUUAUCUCAGAGACUUCGACAAACACGGUGGCCAACGCAUCUGCGACAGCCGCAUCGGCUUCUUCAGACUUGAACGGAUAUGCUAUCUUCAAUGCCUGCGAACAAUUGAACGAGAGACUGGCACCAUACCGAAAGAAGUUGGGUCCCGAAGCAACGAUGAAGGAUCUAGCACAUGCCGCUUACUUUGACCGUGUGAAUCUCUCGGCGCAGGGCUUCUAUAAGACACCCGAGAUCGGAUAUGACUGGACUACUGGAAAGGGCAAAAUGUUCUUCUACUUCACGCAAGGAGUUGCCGCGGCUGAGGUCGAGCUUGACUUGCUGACUGGAACCUGGACGUGCAUUCGUGCAGACAUCAAAAUGGAUGUUGGCCAGUCCAUCAACCCAGCAAUUGACUAUGGACAAAUUCAGGGUGCUUUUGUCCAAGGUCUCGGUCUCUUCACGAUGGAAGAAUCGCUGUGGUUGCGAAACGGCCCAAUGGCAGGUCACCUUUUCACGCGAGGCCCUGGAGCAUACAAGAUCCCUGGUUUCCGAGAUAUCCCCCAGACAUUCAACGUUUCGCUCCUCAAAGAUGUGGAGUGGAAAGAACUGCGCACGAUCCAGAGAAGCCGUGGCGUAGGCGAACCGCCCUUCUUCAUGGGCAGUUCUGUCUUCUUUGCCAUUCGAGAUGCGCUCAAAGCAGCUCGAGCACAGAAUGGAGUUGCAGCAAAGAUCGGCGAUGACAAGUGCGAGGGUCUUCUAAGACUUGAGAGUCCAGCAACGCCUGAGAGAAUCAGACUGGCUUGUGAAGACGAGAUCAUGCGCAAGGCAAGAGUCACACCCCAAGAGGGGGAGAAGAGCUUCUUUGUAGCGAUUUAA